AUUGGUCCAACGAUCAACAAAAAAGUGACCUGUGAACUCAGUAAUUCAGAUCACUUGCGGCACCCAGAAGAUCUCAAACCAAGAAAAGACUGGAUCUACAGAGGCACACAGGUAGGACGUACAAUGGCUCAACCCAACUUUAAGAAUUCACUAUCACUAUGUAGUAACGAUUUGCUUGAAUUUUAUUUUAAAACGGUAUCAGUUAUAAAGUUAAUGGAUCUACUGGAGAUGCAUGCAAUAUAGGUUGGUUCACAAUAGCCGUUAUACCCAUGAGUAAAUGCCUGUUAACCACGGGGAAGCAACGUUUCUGGUGUCCCAUUUUCCCAAAAUGAAAUUAUUAACGGGAAAAUUUCCAUGGAUACAUCAAAAAGAACAGAAGAUGAUGAUAACAAACUAAGAUGUUGAUUCUUCCAUACAUUUCUUUUAAAUUAGAAUCCUUGCGCCGCGAGCCCCUGUCUGAACCACGGAACAUGCUACAUGGGAUAUACUGAGAAAAAAUACGUUUGUGUUUGCCCAGCUGACUUUAGAGGUGAAAACUGCGAAGGUAAAACGUGUUCUGCUAACUUCAGUACAACCUUGUAUUUGCUAAAAUUCUUUUAUUUAUAACAAGGGUUUAUGACACACAUAAACAAGUAUUAUGAAACAAUGCAAGAAGAUCCUCCGGGACGACAGUGAAGUUUUGCAGAAAAUGCAAUUAAUUUCAAGACGCUGUUAAAGUCUUUUUGUUGUUGUUUUUUUUCGGGUUGAAACUUGCAGAAGAGCGUGCUAUUUGUAAUUUUUUGUUGCCACCCUUAACUUCCAACAUUCGGGGUGGAACCCCACUUUACGAACACCCAUAUAUUAGGACAGUUUCGUUUGUCGUAACCAAUCAAAUCAGCAUCAAUCCCAAACUUUCAAUGCUCCCCCGCGGGGUAGUGCCUAAGAAAGGUGGCAUCUGGUGCCUUAUCACUGAUAUCUCUUCUCUCCUCGGUUCUUCAAUUUAUUAUUACAUACCUAAGGAAGCCUUCACUUUGCACUACGCUACCUUCCACCAAGCUCUCUCUCUAGCUGCACAUCAUCACGGCCCUCAUGGCCAAACUUGAUCAAAUACGCCUUCCGACACUGACCAGUCUGCCCGGAGAACUGCGAACCACUCAGCAUCCAGUGGCAGGGCAACUUUUACAUCGAUCUUUGCCACCCCUUCGGCUUGCGAUCCCAUUCCUUGCCCCUUGCCCUUGCUUCUGUAAUCUCUUGGCCGACGCCUUUGAGUGGCUUCUGAAGAACAACUAUCACAUUCAAGACCUCAUGCAUGAAAGUGAUAACUAUUUUACGGUUGGUUCUCCCAAUUCGUCGGUGUGCGCCCAGAAUGUGGAAACCAUCCCUGAUGUAGCUUCUCAAGUGGGCAUACCCUUCCCCCCCAUACAAACUUGUAGGACCCACCACCCGUUUGGUUUUUCUAAGUAUCCUCACCUUACUUGCUGAAUCGGAAUUCCUCCCCCCGACCAGCAAUGUUAUCUCCAUAAAUAUAGGUCUCAAAACAGCUCUAUACUGAGCAUAAACAAUUCCAAAGACUUCCUAAAGAUUCAUGUGUAUUUCUAACCUGAAUUUAUUGAGAAAAGCUCAGAUCAUUAGCUCAUAAAACCGGACCAUUCACCCAAAGAUUUCAAAAAAAGCCAAUCACAUGUUACCCGGAUACUUUAAUACAUUCUCAAAAGUCUCCAGGGCGUUUUUCCAGUUCGCUAAGAUUCGCAUCAGAAUCAGAAUGUUCUUCGCCCCGGUUUGCCCUUUUUACAAAAAUAAUGGUAAAGUCAUCUUCAUCCGUCUGACAGUUUACAAUUUCUAUGCGGUGCACUCGGCAUAUUGAAUAAUGAAGCUCCAGUAUGUUGUGAAAAUUAUCAGUCUAAAAUUAAUUGGACACCUUCCCUCUGUAGUUGCGUUAUGGUUAUCAUGCAGCCAUUUAAAGAAGGGAGACCCUACAACAGUAAGUGGAAAUUACAAUAUUGAUCCAGAUGGCGAGGGAGGUCUGGAGCCAUUCUCAGUGUACUGUGACAUGACCAACAAGAAUGGAGUUGGUGUGACAGUCAUAAGUCACGACAGUGAGAGCAGGACUAUUGUGGAUGGAUAUGAAGAUAAAGGUAGUUACUCACGUGAUAUUAAUUACACAGGAGCGAGUCUAUCUCAGCUGGCCGGUCUCACCAGUGUCUCCUUACACUGCGAAGAGUUUAUCAAGUACGAGUGUCACCACUCAGUUUUUUGGUAUUACGCCAAUCCAUAUGGAUGGUGGGUGUCACGUGAUUCUACUAAGAUGACCUAUUGGGGUGGAGCAUCGCCAGGAAGUGGCAAGUGUGCAUGCGGGAUGAACAACUCAUGUGCAGCAAACGGGCGCUGCAACUGUGAUGCGAAUGACAAUGUAUGGCGUGAAGACAGCGGUCUCCUCACUGACAAGACAACGCUUCCAGUAAAACAGCUCAGGUUUGGUGAUACAGGUGAAAGUCAUGAGAAAGGUUACCACACUCUUGGAAAAUUCAAGUGUUAUGGCACAGCAUAA